AUGGCCGCUCCCCGCUCUACUUCCCUGCGUGCUCUGCGCCAGAUUUCUCACCAACAUUCCAUCACCCCUGCUGCCCGUCGUGGCCUUCACAUCACCGGCGUCCAUGCAGCUCAACCUGCUAGUUCCGCUGACAAGGCCUCCCUCUACGCUGCUCGCAGCCUCCCAGAGCUGAAGAGCGAAUGCCAACAACGUUCUCUCCGUGCUGUUGGCAGCAAGUCCGAGCUGAUCGAGCGUCUCUCCAACCACGAUGUCCUUCAAUCCCGAGCAUUCAGCAUUGCCAUGCGCCGUAUCAACAGCAACGCUUUCUCUGAACCCGCAUCCCGCCAAUUCAACACUUCCCGCUCCUCCAAGGCCGUCGGCGACUCCUCCACCGUUGACCUGGUCUACAUGCCAUCCAUGGCCGACUUCGAAGCGGGUCCCUUCCGCACUUCACCCCAAGUCCCGGUCCUUCCCGAUCUAACCUCCCACCAUGAAGCUCAAUCUUCAUCCGCCCCACCCAUGAAGCCCCAGAUCUACACUGUCGCCGGUGCCGGCGCUGACGUCGCUGCCAGCGCGAUGAGUGAGGUCGUCGACAACCACGCUGUGGACCUUGAUCCCUUCUCCUUAACCGAGGCUGUAGGUCGCUCAAGAGUUGGCGAGGAACUGCAGCGCAAGACCAAUGGCUCGGGCUCCAGUGCCCCGGGUGUUGUUAAAGAGCUGUGGGCCGGAUUCCUAGAUGACGUCCUCGGCCCGAAACAGGCUGCUGCUCGGAAGUAA